AUGGAAUUGCCAACGAGAUGGGAAGUGGAAUUGGAAUUUGUGCAAGCAUUAGCCAAUUUACAAUAUCUUAAUUUUCUUGCACAGAAUAAAUACCUACAAGAUUCAAAUUUCCUACAUUAUCUCAAAUAUUUGGAAUACUGGAGGAAACCAGAAUAUGCCAAAUACUUGGUGUACCCAAACUGUCUACAUAUCUUGACCCUUUUACAAACUGAACAAUUUAGAGAACAAAUAUUAAGAGCAGAUGUUGCAGGUGUUAUUAUGAAUGAUAUGUGCAGAUGGUAAUAAAGAAAUAGAGAGUAAUACAGAUCAACCAACCACAUAGAUUUAUCCUAUACAACUUUUUUAAUCUCUUCAAUAUCAACACCAUCCAAUAAUUUAUCAAUCUUGGAAUGAUCACCAACUAGUCCCAAUAUUUUCAACAAUUUACUAGUUUCCACUCCAAGGUAACGUUCACGAUCACUAGCUUGCACUGAAUCUAUUGAAGAGUUUUGAAUAUCUUCAACUUUGCCAAAUAACUCUUGUGAUAAUUUAACAAGAUAAUAUAUGGUUUCAUCCAAUGGUUCCAAUUGUUUCCUUAUAUCUGUUUGUUGUUCAAUAAAUAAGAUUGCAUUCUGAUAAAUUCUUAAUAGUUUAAUGAUUUUAUUUGCUUUCCUUACUUGUAUCAUUAAUAAUCUUUUAAUUUUCAAUUCAUAUUCAAUUUUUUUCAAACUUUCUCUUAUCUGUAGAUCUAAUU